CAGAGGCAAGCUGCAAAGGCUGGCAAUCAGAAUGGCAACCCCAUCACGUUGAAGACCAAGCCACUCGCUGCUAUACUCGACCCCAACUCAACGUCUUCUCUGCUCGUGGCAGAAUCCUCCGGCUCAGUUCGGAGGGUGAACAUUGAGACUGGAGAGGCCAAGACGGUGUAUCGAGGCCCCUCUGCGCCAGUAACUUGCGUGGCAGUUGGCGGUCCUGGCAUGCAGACGAUAUUUGCAGGAUCUUGGGACAAAGACAUAUGGACCUGGGAUGUUUCCUCAAAAGCGCCCGGGCGCAAGUUCAGUGGCCACUCCGAUUUUGUCAAGGCCAUCGUCUACACCAAGCUCGGCGGAAAAGACAUCCUCAUUAGUGGUGGUGCGGAUAAAAAGAUAAUGGUCUGGGACAUAGCCACUGGUUCUCGCCUCCAUGUGCUUCAAGAUCAGACAGUAUCCAUGAUGGCCGUGCAACACCUCGUCGUUGACCCCGUUCAGCCUGGGGCCGACGAAAUCAUCCUAGUCAGCGCAAGCAGUGAUCCGCAUAUCCGGCGGUGGCGCAUUCGUCUUGACUCUGUCGAGCAAGUUACAGAGACGUCGCCAGAAGAGCCAGGAGUGGCACGUCAUGCGAUUUUGGAGCACGAGACCACAGUGUACCGGCUCAUGUUCGAUGUAGAAGGUGACGAACUUGAUCUCUGGACAGCUAGUGGUGACGGGACAGCCAAGUGCUUGUCGCGGGUCAAGGCUUUUGCCGUGGAUGAAAGGAUUGAUCAUGGUGACCAUGUCCGAGCUGUGGCACUCACCGAUCAAUGGGCCAUCACUGCUGGAAGAGAUGAAGACAUCAAGAUCUGGGAUCGCGCGUCUGGAGAGCUAUACUGCACCCUCGAGGGACACUAUGACGAAGUCACUGAUCUGGUCAUAAUGAAGGGCUCUACAGGUGCCGACAACUUGCUUGUAUCGGUGUCACUCGAUGGAACUGUCAGAAGCUGGCCACUGAAGAAAAGCGAUCUUGACAUAAUUGUUCAAGAACAAUUAGAAAAGGCUAAGGGUGUUGAAAAGGAGAUAUCAGGGGUAGAUGCUCAGGGUUUGGUGACGGCCGAAGAAGAAGCAGAGCUUGCUGCGUUAAUGGACGAAGUUUAG